AUGAUACUAUCUAUUGUUGAAAGUAAACGUAAUAAACCAACUUUAUUACUUGAUACUUUUCGCUACACACAAGAUAAAAUUUUAAACACAACUAUUUAUUGGAAAUGUGAAAAUCGUUCAUGUCCUGGAUGUGCUAUACAAUAUGGUACAAAUUCACCAAGCAUGAAGAAAUCACAAAAUUAUGAUGAUGAUGAAAUGAAAUGUAAAGUGGAAGAAUUUAGAAUGAAUUUAAAAUGGCGUAUUGAAGAUUUACCAUACUCAGUGAAAAAAAUUUACAGAGAACAAUAUCAUUAUAUUUUGAAAAAGUUAUGCGAUUAA